CAUGAAUAACAAUUAUUCUGAGGAGGUGUAGCGAAGCGCUCGGACGGAGCAUCACACUCUGGAUCAGAGCGGCGGAUCAGGAGGAACGGAAUCGAGAUCUGAAAGAACAGAAGUGUUUUGUAGGCGAGUCAUUUGAGCUUAUAAUAGAAGUUUUGCUCCAUAUGGUCAUGAGGAGUUGAGAGGAGCGCGUUUCUUAACCAGGCGAGUUUGUCUCAUCUCUCCACGAGCUCUCGUGGGUUUCUGACCAGAUGUUAGUGCACGCGUAUUCUUCAACGGACCGCCAUGAUGGGGUACCGAGCCACAGUUCCAGACUGUCCCAGCUGGGCUCGGUCACUCAGGGUCCGUAUUCCAGCGCUCCGCCACUCUCUCACACUCCUUCCUCGGACUUCCAGCCGCCGUACUUUCCGCCGCCGUACCAGCCGCUGCCGUACCACCAGAGUCAGGACCCGUACUCACACGUCAGCGACCCGUACUCUCUGAACGCCCUUCACCAGCCUCAACAGCACCCAUGGGGCUCCCGUCAGCGGCAGGACGUGGGCUCGGAGAGCGGAGCUUUACUGCCGCAGCCUAGAGCUUCUUUACCGCAGCUCUCCGGUUUGGACCCCCGGCGGGACUACUCGACCGUGCGCCGACCGGACGUGCUGCUUCACUCCACACACCAUGGGCUCGAGGCGGGGAUGGGAGACGGUCUGUCGCUGCAUGGCCUGGCGCAUGGAAUGGAGGAUGUUCAAGCUUUGGAGGAUGCAAACAACGGGAUGAACAUCCUGGAUCAGUCAGUGAUUAAAAAAGUUCCAGUUCCACACAAAAGCCUCGCUUCUCUCAUGAUGAACAAAGACGGUCUAAUCGGCGGGAUCACGGUGAACGUCAACGAGGUGUUCUGUUCGGUGCCAGGCCGCCUGUCGCUUUUAAGCUCCACUUCCAAAUAUAAAGUGACGGUUGGCGAAGUCCAGCGGCGUCUCUCUCCGCCAGAGUGUCUGAACGCCUCUCUACUCGGUGGGGUCCUGCGGAGAGCGAAGUCGAAAAAUGGAGGUAGAUCAUUGAGGGAAAAGCUGGAGAAAAUCGGCUUGAAUUUGCCCGCAGGGCGACGCAAAGCAGCCAACGUCACUUUACUGACAUCUCUUGUAGAAGGGGAAGCUGUUCAUUUGGCUCGGGAUUUUGGCUACAUUUGUGAAACUGAAUUUCCCACGAAGGCCGUGUCUGAAUAUCUGAACAGACAACACACAGAUCCCAACGAAUUGCACUCAAGAAAGAACAUGCUGCUCGCCACAAAGCAGUUGUGUAAGGAGUUUACGGACCUGUUGGCUCAGGAUCGUACACCAUUAGGAAACUCUCGGCCUUCGUCCAUCCUGGAGCCAGGAAUCCAAAGCUGUCUGUCACACUUUAGCUUCAUCACACACGGCUUUGGUUCACCAGCCAUCUGUGCCGCCCUCACGGCUUUGCAGAACUACCUGACUGAAGCCCUUAAAGGUCUCGACAAGAUGUUCCUGAACAACCCCACUCCCAACCGGCACACACCUGCAGAUGGACUCGGCUCUAAAGGCGGAGAGAAAGAGGAAAAGCACAGGAAAUGAAUUGUGGAAAUACAACGAUGCAGGAUAUCAAGGAAGGUGGGGCUUCAAACAGGGCAAACGUCACCGGAGAUGUUCAGAGAUUCUAUAAACCCUCGUUUUAUGACAUUGCGUUUUACAUUCUGGUGUGAAAUGGAAAACAGAACAUGGGAAAACGAAUGGAAUUCUACAAUAAUAGAGACUGGAGGACAUCAUUGCUGUGACACGUUCACCAUCUCCAUCUCAUUCGUGUGCAAAUGUUCGAGGAGUGUGUGCGAGUGUGCUUUUGUGUAUAAAAAUAUGACAUAUUACAUGAUGUUAGACAGACGCUGUACCACGCAGUCUAUCCUUUACACACAUGCUCGUGAAUUUCAGAACAAAUAUUUGAGUGUUCAUGAGUGUAACGGCGAGCAUACCGAAGGACAGGUUUGGUUUGAAUAUCUGCGGGGACACUUUUAACUACUAUAUUAAAUUAUUCUUACAAAUAUACAAAAUUAUAGGUACAUUUCAUUCAACCUUCACGGAAUCCUUACCUCCCAUCACACAAUCAUGUUAUCAAAAAGUGGGUGUCAAAUGAAAAAUUUGCUCCACAUACAUUUUAAAGAGAGGCAAAGUGUUCAGAAAAUAAGAGAUUUAGUAAUGAACGCAGUGCUGAUAUUAUGUGCGACAACAAAGCAUCUUGCAAGAUUCCUGAUAGGACACGUACAUCAUCCAGACAGCUAUUUGAUGUGUGUGUUUACAUCUGGAAGAUGUAUUGUUUAAGUUAUUUGCUCAUCUGCAAUACGUCUAUAGGAUGUUUACCUCCGGGAUGUCAAUAAGACAUUCAGAUGUCUUUGAGACAUUUAUGAUUUAGAUUGUUUAUAAAUCUGAUCUAUUUAAGAUGUUAAUUAGAUUAUAAAGCUAUCCAGUUGAAAAGUUCUUACAAAGACAUCUUGGAGAUGCAUGUGUGCUAUCUGGGUUACGGUCCAGUGCAUCACAAAUGUUGACAUAAAAUUAAAGAGAGUGAUUUCAGCCAGCUGUUUAAUUCCAUCAGAAUUGCCUCAUAGCAUGACCGUCCAUACAAUACACACAACAUAUUUUAUAAUCACAGCUUUUCUCAAUCAGUCCAUUUAUAUACAGAGAACAAGUCCAACGUUUGACCUAAUGUUUCUUUCUGAGCUGAUUUUUAUCAAACAAAAGGGGGUGGGG